UGAUCGUCAGUAGGAGCUUGGCCGUGUUCUGAAUAUUUUUAUGGGAAGGGAGGCGGAGGUGACACUUGGACCAAAAAGAGGACUUAACCAAUCCGCGCAUGGAGGAGAACAAUGUGGCAGGCGUUUUUUUUUCUCUCAAGAGGGCCUGUUUCACACUUUCUUGCCUAUAAAAUGCAUUUCCAAAUUGUCCUAACAUCCCUCCUCUUCUCUCUCUUAUCUCCCCUCCUCUAAUGACUCACUCUAUCCAAACUGAUUUUGCUCCAGAAGAGCUUUCCAAUGGCGCUGGCAAGCUGAAGGAUGCCUUGACUCAAACAACUCCGACUACCGCUUUGUCUGGUCUUUCAUUAUCGGAUAUUCACAAGGUGGUAACCUCUACGCAGCCCUCUCCUCCCAAGAGCCCUGAUACCGAUGAGGCCAAGAAGAGCAACCGAAAAGGAGCAGAAGAUGCUAAAACUGUGUCGCAAGGCGAAUUUGAAUCUGAACAACACUUCUACCCUCGCGUAUUGAACGCUCAAAUUCAUCCAUUGGUUCAGAGCUUUUUCACGCUGGGCAAUGAACGUAUCAUUGCGCGAUAUACUCACUUGAAUCCCCAAGUGAACCCUGAAAAGCUGAAGGAAAUUCUCUCGUAUACUCCAAAAUACUUUCAAUGGGCAGGUUCCGAUUUGUUCAAUGUGACUACUUCGUCUGGCCAGCGCCAAAUGAUUGUUAUUGAGACCAACUCGUGCCCCUCUGGACAAAAGUCUAUGCCUUUGUUGUCUGAAAUUGAUGAACACAAUGAACUCGGUGGUUACCGAACUGUGUUGGAAUCUGCAUUCCGGGAGCAACUUAGCAAGGCCGACAAGUCUCUCGGCGACCUUGCCGUUAUCUGCGACAAGAAUAUGAUGGAAGCUAGUGGAUAUGCUGCGGUCCUUGCUGAAGUUGCCAAGGAAAAGGUCUGGCUUGCCGAAUGGCACGAUGGUGAAGAAGACGUUCCUGUCAAGUGGGUUGACCGAGUGCUUCAAGUGCGAGACGCCAACAAAGAAUGGCAUCCCAUUCGUGCUUGCUUCCGUUAUGUCACUCAAAAGCCUUGGAACCGAUUCCCAUUGAACACAAAGACCAUUGUUAUGAACCAAAUUAUCUCCUGUCUGGCUGGUGGACGCAACAAAAUGAUGGCUGCAAGAGCUUAUGACUUUUACAACGCAGAGCUGGUCGACACUGGCCUGUCCGUUCGCGUCCCCGAAACUAUCAAUAAUGUCACACGAGGUGAAAUUCCCUUGUGGAUACACAGUAUGGGCGGUCAUGCCGUUCUGAAGGUACCAUACAGUAACGCAGGUCAAGGUGUCUAUACCAUCACGAACCCUAAUGAACUAAAGGACUUUUUGGAACAAGAUCAUCAUUAUGACAAGUUCAUCGUACAGUCACUUGUUGGCAACGCCUCUUGGUCCAGUGUCACCAGAAGUGGAAAGUUCUACCAUGUUGGUACCAUUCCCAACAAAAAAUCCAAUACCUUUGUUAGCGACUUGCGUAUGAUGGUGACAGGUAAUGCCGACGGAUUCCGCCCAAUUUGUAUCUAUGGUCGUAAGGCUCGACUUCCUUUGACCACGAAACUGGCCCCAGAUGCAAAUACAUGGGAUAUGCUUGGAACCAACUUGAGUGUCAAGCUCCCUGACGGCGGCUGGACCACUGAUACAGGAAGAUUGAUUCUUAUGGACCGUAAAGACUUUAAUCAACUUGGACUCGGUAUUGAUGACCUGAUCGAUGCCUACAUUCAGACCGUUCUCGCUGUCAUCGCUAUCGAUCGCAUGGCAGCCCGACUUAUGGCCACUGGCACCUUUGACUACAACUUGUUUUCCAGUCUCAAUCCUGACAAUGCCUUGAUGCAAGAGAUCAAGAUGGCCAACGAAGAUUGGUAAACAUACCUCUCUGGGGUCCCUAUACAAAAGCGAAAAAAUUCACAAAUAACCCUGUGCCUCUUAUACAAAAAUCCACUCCUCACAUUGUUUUCUUCUAUCCCCCCAUAUCUUGUUGCUUUUUUAAAUCUCAAAAAUAUUAUCCAAAC